AUGCGCAUAGCAAGUCGCACCUGUGAUACUCGCAGAAGCAAAGAAACUUCUGCAGGUACAUAUAUGACUAGUGGCCUUAUGGGCGCAAAGGCACGGUUAUUACAGGGACUUAGGCCAAACUUCAGACGAAAAUAUCUGAAGUUUUACUUUGAUAAGGUCACACUUCAGGCAAAAAAUUCUGAAGUUCAAACUUCAGACAUAAAUUCUUGCUACUUCAAAACCCGUGUAUCUGAAGUUACCCAAAAACUCCAGCAAAUUCCUGGGGUUUCUGGUAUCACAAGGGGGAUUGAGGUGAACCCCGAUAAGAUCAAAGUCAUCGAAGAAAUCCCAGACCAGCUGUCAAGCGUGCAAGAAGUCCUAAUGCUCACGGGGAGAUUGGCCGCUUUGAGCAGGUUCAUUUCCCGAUCAUCAGAAAAAUGCCACCGUUUCUUCGCACUGCUGAAAAAGAAAAACAAAUUCGAAUGGACCCCGAAAUGCCACCAUGCUUUUAGAGAUUUAAAAAGGUACUUAUCAAGCCCUCCGUUACUUUCAAAACCAAAGGAAGGCAAAAUAUUGUUCGUCUACCUCGCAGUCUCGGAAGUAGCGGUAGGUGCAGUUUUAGUCCGUGAAGAUGAAGCUCUCGUAGUCGCCGCUCGGAAACUGAGGCCCUACUUUCAAUGUCACCCGAUAAUUAUGGUGACCACAUUUCCCCUGCAGAACAUCCUUCACACUCCUGAACACUCGGGUAGGUUGGCCAAAUGGGCCGUUGAAAUGAGUAAAUUCGAUAUAGAAUAUAAACCAAGGACUGCGAUUAAGUCACAAGUCUUGGUUGACUUUGCUGUCUCUAGCAACCAAAGAAGUAGUAAUGGUGCCAGAAUCGACCUCGGGAGUUUGGACCUUAUUUACGAAUGGAGCCUUCUACGUAAAAGGGUCCAGGCUUGGCAUAGUAUUAACCACGCCUUCGGGGAAACCCUAAGGCAAGCCAUAAAAAUGGCCCCUUUAACUAACAAUGAAGUAAAGUAUGAGGUUUUAAUUGCAGGACUCAAACUGGACUGGACACUGGAUUCCGAGGUGAUAGAAAUCAAGUGCGACUCACAACUAGUGGUAAAUCAGAUCUAUGGGAUCUUCGAAACCAAAGAGGAACGCAUGAAACAAUACAUGGUAAAGGUCCAGGCUAUGUUGGCUCGAUUUCGGGAGUGGUCGAUCACUCAUAUCCAGAGGGAAGAAAAUGCAAAAACAGAUGCACUGGAUAACCUCGGUUCAUCAACGGAAAUAAAGGAAUCAGAGUCCAGGACGGUAGUAUAA